AUGCUUCCAAUGAUGGAGGAGGAUGAAGAUCGUGACCUUGUGGGGUCACCGGAAGGCAGCUCAGAUAAUGACGUGGAUGAGACCAUGAGGCCUGAAGACAUGGAAGUCGACCAGGACCCCGAAAGCCCGUCAAACUCCAGUAUCGCCUCUGAAAGCCAGAAUACCCCAAAUCCCCAAGUAGUUUUGACUCAGCCUUCGCCCUCAACCGUCACGGCCGAUUCCUCCUUGCCCAUGCGCCCGGUCCCCCGUUCAGAAGCAUUGACGGCUGCCAGCUAUGAUAUUGUCCCCACGACGGCGGCUCCACACAGCACGUCAAUCAACGCCGUGACUGCCACGGCCGACAUGCGUUGGGUGUUCAGUGGAGGCUCCGACGGAUACAUCCGAAAGUUCAACUGGGCGGAAUCGAUCAACAGUAAACUUAUGUUGACGGUUGCCCAAAGGCAUCCGUUCGUUGACAGCGUCGUAAAGGCCGGCGUUUUGAUGACAUACUGGGAGAACAUGGAUGGAAACUCGUUGUCACCGGUGUAUUCCUUAGCUGCACAGUCAGAGGGCCUUUGGUUACUCUCCGGUCUGGAAUAUGGCGGUAUCCGCCUGCAAUCAUUGCGGCAUGAUGAAGGAAAGGAGAUUGCCAUUCUUCAGCAGCAUACAUCCGCAGUAUCUGCUCUCUGUCUAACCGCUGAUGAACAGUCGUUGCUAUCUGGUAGCUGGGAUAAGAAGGUCUUUGACUGGGAUUUGAACACUGGGCAGACACGACGAACAUUCGGAGCUUCAGUCGGGCAGAUAUCUGGACUUGAAAUUCGACCCGAAUCGGCCUUACCUGUACCGCAGGAGAGUGGAGAUUACAGGAUAACGAACGGCACAUUUUCCUCUUCUGACCGUGUAAAAGCAACUUCCGGUUCUAGUACGCUAAAUGGCGGGACAAGUGCGCAAGCUCCCGGAGCAGCCUUGGGCCAAUCGGCAGCAUCUCCGGCGGAUUCACUCUUUGAAGCUGACUCGCUGUUUGGAGACGACAACGGGGCCGGCGACACUGAAGUUCCAUCCAGCGGCGUCUUCGCUGAGGCCGAAGCGGAUGAUGAAAUGUCGAAAGCGAUUACAAACGGUAUACGGCAAGAAAAGGAAGAUGAGGAAGAAGCAAACGCACAAAAGGAGCAAACUGUUCGAGCAAACGGGACCCUCAUCCGUCAAUCCACCUCUGACUCGGCGACGCUGGCAGGCACCCAGGAUGGACACUCCUCGUCCUCGCAAGACGCUAACCUUCCUAAUGGCAUCAUAAAACCAUUGACCAACGGCCUGCCUUAUGCAGACGACUUGGAAUCAUCGAAGACACUACCAGAUUUAUCGUUUGAAGCCACUUCCAACAUUGUCCGUGACACAACCUUUUUAUGCGCCUCCAUGGACGGGACGAUACGCGUCUGGGACCGUAGACAGCCAGAUCCGGUUUCCCGGAUAGUACCUCGAAACACCCCGCCGUGGUGUAUGAACGCCUGCUGGUCACCAGACGGAAAUUAUAUCUAUGCCGGGCGUCGAAAUGGAACCGUGGAGGAGUAUAGUCUGCACAAGGGACUCCGGGAGGCCCAACGGACAUUUAAAUUCCCUCAGGGGAGUGGCGCCGUGUCAGCGCUAAAAGCAAUGCCGAAUGGAAGACAUUUGAUCUGGUACCGUGCCUUACUUCCCAUACCAUUGUUCUCUAUUAUUUCGCGAUGCUAA